GAAGUGAAUCUAGCUGUGCCAUAGUAGUACUCUCCCCGGACCAUAUUCAUGGAGGACUUCAACAUCAACUCCACGCAGCCACUUCUGACAACCAUACCAAUACAACAUGAAUCCAAUGAUCAAAAUCAAAUCCUCCUUCCCACCACCACCGCCACCGGAGCAAUUUUCACCACCAAGACCCCUGACAUCCCUCUCAUCACCAGCCCUGGAGAAUUCUCCACGCAGUUCAUCACCGAAUCCAAGAAGCUCUUCUACCUCGCCCUCCCCGCCAUCUUCUCCUUCGUCUCCAAGUACUCCCUUGGCGCCUUCACUCAAAUCUUCGCUGGCCACCUCGGCACCAUCGAACUCGCCGCCGUCUCCGUCGAAAACUCCAUCGUCGCCGGCUUCUCCUUCGGCAUCAUGUUGGGAAUGGGAAGCGCGCUUGAAACGCUUUGUGGACAAGCGGUGGGAGCAGGGAAGAUUGACAUGCUUGGUGUAUACAUGCAAAGAUCAUGGGUGAUACUCAUGGGCAUGGCUUUCCCUCUGUGCUUGUUAUACAUCUUCGCGGGCCCUAUACUAAAAUCGAUAGGGCAAACCGCGGAGAUUUCUGAGGCUGCAGGAACAUUCGCCAUCUGGAUGAUCCCGCAGUUGUUUGCUUACGCGAUCAAUUUCCCGACGGCGAAGUUUCUGCAGGCUCAGAGCAAGGUGAUUGUGAUUGCUGUAAUAUCGGGUAUAGCCAUGGUACUGCACCCGGUGUUCUGCUGGCUGCUGAUGGUGAAGCUCCAGUGGGGGUUGGUGGGUGCGGCGGUGGUGCUGAACGGGACGUGGUGGUUCAUUGUGGUGGCGCAGUUGGUGUACAUUUUUAGUGGGAGGUGUGGGCCAGCGUGGAGUGGGUUUUCUUGGGGAGCGUUUCAGAAUCUGUGGGGAUUUUUCCGCCUCUCUCUUGCUUCAGCUGUGAUGCUCUGCUUGGAAACAUGGUACUUUAUGGUGCUGAUUUUGUUUGCUGGAUAUCUCAAGAAUGCAGAAGUGUCGGUAGAUGCCUUCUCUAUCUGCAUGAAUAUAUUGGGCUGGACCAUCAUGGUGUCCUUCGGGAUGAACGUGGCUGUAAGUGUGAGAGUGUCGAAUGAACUAGGGGCAUUUCACCCAAGAACAGCAAGAUUUUCUCUGGUGGUUGCAGUGGUUACUUCGAUUUUGAUCGGACUCUUACUCGCUCUUGUUUUGAUCAUAUUGCGUGACGCCUAUCCUUCUCUGUUUUCAAAUGACACAGAAGUAAAAGACCUAGUCAAGGAUCUCACACCUUUGUUGGCCUUUUGUGUUGUCAUUAAUAAUGUUCAACCUGUUCUUUCAGGGGUAGCUAUUGGGGCAGGAUGGCAGGCUGUUGUUGCCUAUGUGAACAUUGCAUGCUACUAUCUUUUUGGAAUUCCAGUGGGUCUUGUAUUGGGUUACAAGGUUAACUUGGGAGUCAAGGGAAUCUGGUGUGGAAUGAUGGCCGGGACAAUACUGCAGACAUUUGUUCUUUUCGUGAUGGUUUACAAAACUAACUGGAACAAAGAGGCUUCCCUUGCUGAAGAUAGGAUAAAGAGUUGGGGUGGACACCAAGAAGCGACUGUCAGCAGCAUAGAAAAUGCAGAAGAAACAUGAAAUUACACUAGAAGAAUUUGGGCCAUAUGAUAAGCAAACUUCAUAUUCUUGGUGAAUUUUUGUCGAUUAAAUUUGAUUUAGAACUAGCAAGUAUGUCCGCAUUUCACAAGCUAGCAUUUUAAAAUAUGAACCAGCUAUUGAACAAUCCAUUGAUGAGUUUCAAAAUCCCUUCUUCAAAUGUGACAUGAUCCCGACAUCUUGAUCAUUGAUUAUAGUGCUACACCCAUAUUAUUUAUCGAUUCA